AUGAAGAGUGAUAAUGAAGACUAUACAGAAACACAAUCUAUAUUUGUAAUCGAUGAUAGUACUUUAAUAAAUGAAGAUAAGAGUAAUGGUGACAUCAGAGUAGGAGGAGGAGGAGAAACAACAGACAAUGGAGCAGACACUUACAAAUUUUAUCAUAUCAAGAGUUUGUCACUUGACAAUGAUGAUGGUGAUGAAAUAUCAACAACAACAGGUGAUCAUAUGACUAGUAAAGUCGAUCGAUUCCCACCAUCUAUAAAGUAUCUCAUAGGUAAUGAGAUUAGUGAAAGUCAUAAUCAAGCUACCUCUGCUUUACAUACAUUUAGUUUUGUUACUUAUUUUUUUCCAAUAUUAAUGGGAGCCUAUUUAGCAGAUGGAGUAAUUGGAAAAUACAAGACUAUAUUAUGUUUUUGUAUAGUUUAUUGUUUUGGUUGUAUUACAUUGUGGAUGAGUUCAUCCUCGAGGAUUGUAGGAGAUAAUCCUGAAACACGGUCUUCUUGGGCACUUGGUAUUGGUUUGUUGUUGGUGGCUACUGGUACUGGUGGCAUCAAACCAGUGGCACUCACAUUUUGUGGUGACCAAUUGGAUGCCAAGCGACAAGCACCUUUGGUCGAAAAACUAUACACACUCUUUUACUGGAGUAUCAACGUUGGUAGUUUUGGUGGUACCAUUCUUUCACCAAUCUGUCGUGCCUAUCUUGGUUAUGAAAUAGCAUUUGCCAUUCCAUGUCUCUUUAUGUUUAUGGCAACCAUAUUCCUACUGUUGGGAAGAAAACAAUAUAAAAGGCGACCAAUCACUGGAAGCAUCCUUCUCACAUCGUUUGGAAUCAUUUUAAGAGGUAUUUGGGAGAGAUGUAAAUCAUUGGUUGGAAAAGCAUCACAAGCUCAAUCCCAUUACAAUGGUCAUUGGUUGGAUCGAUCAAAAUCGACAUUUGAUAAUAACUCUGUAGAAUCUGUUAAAGCAUGUCUAAACGUUUUAGUUUGUUUUAUUCCAAUUCCAUUCUAUCGUGCAAUGGGUGAAUUAUUUCCUUCAAGAUGGACACUUCAAGCAUUAUCAAUGAAUAGAAAGAUAGGUAUAUUUACAGUUCAACCAGACCAACUUCAAGUACUAAAUCCACUCAUACUUUUGGCAAUCAUUCCACUCUCAGAGGUAUUAGUAUAUCGUCCUUUGAGAAACAAAGGUAUACCAUUUCAUCCAUUAAAGAAAAUGUCAAUUGGAAUGUUUACAAGUAUAAUUGGGUUUUUGGUUUGUGUUGGAUUGCAGAUACAUAUUGAUAAUAGUCCUAAAGAGAGUGUGUCAGUGUUUCUUCAAAUACCACAAUAUUUUAUAAUGGCAAUUGCAGAAUUACUGGUUACUGUGCCAGGAUUGGAAUUUGCCUAUUCUCAUGCACCGGCAUCACACAAAAGUUUAAUUAUGAGUGGAUGGUUAAUAGCAAUCUCACUUGGUAAUCUGUUUGUGGUGUUGGUGGUCGACGGUUUCCAAAUAGCCGUACAAUGGCACGAAUAUCUAUUUUUUGCCGGUUGUACAUUAAUCUUUUCAUUUGUGUUUGUCUUUAUUGCCUAUCGAUUCAAACCAUCAUCGGCAUCUAUCAUCAAUUAUCAAGCAGAUCAUGAUGAAUUUGAAUUGGACCAAGACGAUGAAUUAUUUGACAAUAGCAAUAAUGGAGUUCAAAUGAAAGAAAGAAUAACAAGUAUAGCAACAGAGGAACCUCAAGAUGGCGACGAUCAUUUGCGUUCUAGCAAUGAUGGUGGUUCUAUUCUAACUGAUUCUUCAUCUUCUAUACUUGGUAAUGUUGGUGGUAAUAGUAAAAAUAAUCAAUCUAGAUAUACUUUAUUAAAUCAUCAUCACCAAAAGUAA